AUGUACGCUCACUCAAUCGUCGCCGGGAUUCUCAGCAUUGCUGCCCUCAGCACCGCCGCUCCUCUGACUGGUCGCAGUCAGCCUGGCAGCUACACUUACAAUAAUGGCACCUCAACCACGACAGCACGUCCAAUGAGUACCGGCACCUCCAGCAACGGAUCUUCCUAUGGCUACCCCAAUGGCACUUCAUAUAGCACCCCGCCCCACCCUGCGGCCACCGGUUCUGGCUCUAGCUCACCAUACAAUGCCCCGGGCAAUGGUAACCAAGAUCAACCCAUUGCCACUAUCCUUCCCGACUUCACUUCUCAAUACACCGUUUCAACUGGUGCCGUCGCUUUCCACACCAGCCGCGGCCUGGUCUCCCGCUCCCAUGGCAAUAAUGGGAAUGACAUGACCACGCUGGUCACCUUUGAACUUGAUACGAUGUACAGCGGCAAUCAAUGUCAAUUAGUCUUCGACCUGGGCAGUGACCCAACAAGUUAUGUCACUGGAACCGGGAAAGCUCAGCUGUUCACGUCCCUCGCCCCCGCCACAGCCGAUAGCGAAAGCUGGCCCUCGGGCAACCUGCGAAACCAAGCUCUCGGCACAAUCGACGUCAAAGCCUACGGGCGUGCAUCCUGGGAAGCAGGUUCGGGACCCGGCGCUAAUGUCGACGGCAAAUUCCCUUGCUCGCUGAUUACGGGACAGAUUUACGGCGGAGAGAUUGUCCCCGUCGGGGAUGAGGAUACCAUCUCUUGGACAGCCGGACAUGGCGAUGGACCGAAGAUCCUCGUCUUCUAA